CUAAUACCUUUCUGCCAUAUUCAUCGCCGAUAAGGUCGGGACAUAGCCGGGACGACACGGUCAGAAAGAUCCUCGUUUAAACAAUGUGAACUUAUUCGGUCAAGCCAUCUCCGCAGCCCAGAAUAUUUACGAAAUAAUUUUCAACAUUACUGAAGCGCCGAGGCUGGAAAGUCAGUCAAAUAAUACCUCUAAUUAUUUCAACCCGUGGUUUUUGUUUAAACAUAAACCUACAUCAAAAAGAAUGAAGCUACAUUAAAAAGUACUUCCGAGAGCAAUGGAACAGUCAUAACACGAUGACUGAAGCUAUGACGAGGCUAUCCUUAACGCGUACCGUCAUUUUCACUGCGAUUGUUUUACAAGUUUUUGUUUUUUAUUACUUUUACACUUGCUCGGAGCAUGUUUCCUCCAACGACUCCAACGCGCAAUGGAAGCGCGUAAAACGUAUACCAAGGCAAGCAACAGAAGUCAACUGGGAAUCAGUGAAGAGAAACCAGGCACCACCUAAAGACGAAAUGUACGAUAAGUGGAUUAUUAUAACUACGAUAAACGAACCAACGGAAGAUGUCAAGAAACUGGCGAGUAUUGAAGGUUGGAAGGUGGUUGUCGUGGGGGAUACGAAAACGCCAUCGGGUUGGAGCCUUCCUAACUGCGUAUUCCUAAGUGUGGAGAAGCAGAAAACACUUGGCUACCGCAUCGUCGAUCUGCUUCCAUACAAGAGCUACGCUCGCAAAAACCUGGGUUACCUGUACGCCAUCCAUCAUGGCGCCAAGUACAUCUACGAGACAGAUGACGACAAUUCCCCGACAUCCGGGCAAAUUACUUUCUACGAGCAAACCACCGGGGAAUUCUACGUCUAUGCCACGAAUAGACUCACGGUCAAUCCUUAUGCUCACUUCGGCCAGGUAACAAUCUGGCCCAGGGGGUACCCUCUGGAGAAUAUUUCACUGCCUAACGAGAAUACAUUCCACAAGUGCAACAAUGUUGAGCCCACGAUCCAGCAAGGAGUUGUUGACGGAGACCCGGAUGUUGAUGCUAUAUUUAGGCUGACGCGAAAAGACGCUGACGUCAGAAUUGAUGUUAAGUUUGACUCAUCGGCCCCGGCGGUGCUCUUACCGCCGCACACGAUGGCACCUUUCAACUCCCAGAACACCUUCUUCAUGCACAAAGGAUUCUGGGGCUUACUGAUACCAGUUACACCAACCUUCCGGGUCUGCGAUAUCUGGCGCGGUUACUGGGCUCAACGGUUGUUAUGGGAAGUAAAUGGCUACUUGUCAUUUUUCCCGCCAAAUGCAAAGCAGUACAGGAGUGCUCACAAUUUUUUAUUGGAUUUUAUAGAAGAGAAGGAACUGUACCAUAAAUCAGGAAAACUUGUCAAGUUUCUCACAGACUGGAAAUCAGAAAAAGACCACUUCUUUAGUCGUAUUUUAGAUUUGAGUAUAGCCAUGGCCGAGGCCGAGUUCUGGGGAACUGAGGACGCACUGCUAACGGAGGCUUGGUUACAUGAUCUAAUAAGCGUGGGCUAUGAGCCCCCGAGACUGAAGCCCACCGUCCAGAGGUGUAGCGAGGAGGAGCCCGUCAAACUAGAGCCUAAGCACCAGGCUUCCUCGUACCUCGGCAUCGGAUCUAAACUCGUCGACAUUCUGUAAUCUUGACAUCACUACAAAUAAAUGGGAGAUGUGA